AUGCCAGUCUUGACCUACGAUACAAAAAGCCAACAAAUUGAAGUCAUCAAUGACCCGUUACCUUCUGCCGUCGUGGAAGAAACUUUACAAGAAGCUGGUAGGUUGCUAGUGUUGAUAUUGGCUGUCUUCUAUAUCCUUCUUAUCUUUCUCGCCGCUGCUGCUGUGGGAAUUGGCUUAUAUAUCUUGAUUGAUAAGCUUGUCUACAAUAGAUAUCGUUCAAAAGAAAAGCGGAACCGAGAGAGAAACAACCGGCCUCCUCCACCUUCACAGGAUCGACGAGUUCGAGUAAGUCGCUGGUUCUAUAAACCGUACAGCUCAGCAGAAACCGUGGAAGUUGACACUGAUAAAGCUUACCAGCUAAUGGAAGCAGAAGAGCUUCAGUACCCGGAAAGGGUACAUUUGAAGUAUGGUCAACCUGGUGCACUUACUGAAAGACUCACCUACGUUGAUUCAGAUGAAGAAGCCACACCCUACCCUAUCUUCCCUCAACAAGAAGGUUACGUUGCACAAUAUGUGACCGACGAGUCUCCCGAUUGA